UUGACAUAAUAAUUAGUAAAAUGUGCAUUUAUACAUUUGUCCUGCUUUGUUUUGAGAAUGCAGUAGCUAGUCAUUAGAAUGCACAUCAGCUGUUCGAUAAAAAUCCUGACUAGAAUUUAUAAUUAACAAUUGAAUGAAUUCCCAUAAGCUACUUGUUUCUAAAUGCUAAACAUUAAAUUGGGUUAGCGUUUACACCUUUUUUUAACUUGCAAGCAGCUUUAUCAUCGGAAGUUUUUGGAUGUGUGAAUCAUUUGUUUGACUACUGAUAUCUAGGUGGCACGGACACGGGUAAACGGACACUUGGACAUGGCAAAACAGUGUUAAUUUAAGGUUUUCUAUGUAAAAAUGAAGUUUUAUGCCUGAAACGUCUGUCCAAAACCUUUCCGAAAGGGGACAAGUUAAUUGAAUGAAGUGUCCAUGCUACCUAUUAUCGUGUAUUGAUUGAUUGCAAGAUUACAUUCUUUUGGAUGCUGCACUUGGGAAAUGAUACUUUGAAUAUCUGUUUACAUUGUUAAUCCUUGAAAGCAUUAUUUGAUCUUUAUUCUUGAUUAUUGAUCCUUUAUUUUGAUUGAAAGAAGCCUUCAUGGGAUAUCCUGUGAUUAACAAUGGUUACUUUUACCUGAAAUUCAUGUUAGAAUUGUGUUUUAUUUUACCUUAAAGGUGUUGAUUGGUCAUUAUCAUUAAACUUUAUGUUUACAACCCACAGAUUGUUUUCUUUUUGUCAAGGUGUUCGAGUUGAUGCAAGCUUAUUAAUGGAAAAUGGAAAAAAGGAUGAACUGAAGGGUUUUCUUGAAGUCCUUCCCGCAGUAGAAUUUUGUUGCGUCUAUGGCUCAGCUCUACAUCCAAAUAAUCAUGACAAGUCAUCUAUGGUAGAUUUUAUUCUUGGCGUUUCAGAUCCUCGACAAUGGCACUCUGAGAAUCUGAAACUGAAUCAAGAUCACUAUGCCUCUUGGAUGGUGCACCUUGGCGGGGCCAAACUGAUAACUGAAGUUGCAGAUGAGAUCGGUGUUGGAGUGCAUUUCAAUCCUUUCAUAACAUGGAAUGACAAGAUGCUCAAAUAUGGAGUUGUUAGAAUGCAUGACUUGGUUCAAGAUAUACUGAAUUGGGAGAAAUUUUACCUAUCUGGUCGUCUGCAAAAACCAGUUCAUAUACUUGUUGACAAUUUGGAUAUUGGAAAUGCAAAUUCUGUCAAUCUAAGGGCUGCACUAUCCGCUGCUCUCCUUCUUUUGCCAUCGAAGUUCACCGAGGAAGCUCUUUAUUCUAAAAUUUGUAGCCUCUCAUAUAUGGGUGACUUGCGGAUGCUUUUUGCAGAGGACAAGAAUAAGGUAAAGAAGAUUGUACAAGGGCAAUUUGGUUUAUUUCAUUCGAUGUAUAAACCAUUACUUCAAGAAUAUGAGGAAAAAGAGCUACUGAGAUUUUCGUCAUUAAGUGAUCACCAAUCAAAUAUCUUUCAGAAUCAGGAUAGUGAUUUGUCAGCGACUCGUUCUCUUGUUCGAGCUCUUCCACCACUAGUUAGAAGCAAAAUGGGGAUGAAGCUAGGAGAGCAAAGAGUACCGAGUGAUUCUGGGCGCAUUUUACAUGAAGUCGUAAUUAGUUCACGAGAAGAGGCUGCUAGAUGCAUGCAGAAGGUUGUACGGCGGACUGUGAUGAUAUCGAGUGCAAGGCAGGCCAUCUCUGGUCUCUUAGCUGCUGGAGGUAUUAAUGGCACUAGAUAUCUUGCUAGUAAAGUUUGCAAGGCAUGGAAAUCAUGGACAUGAUUUCACUUCUUGACAUUUCUUUUACUCAAGUCUACAAUGAAACUAAUCCACCUUGUUCUCCCAUUGACUCAAACUAGUUCUUUUUUUUCAUUUUUACCUUUUUUUAAGGUUUGGCUAGAUGGGAUAACUUUUAAGUUUAAAUACCAAAAGAUAUAUAAAAAUUCAAGCUUUUUGACA